AUGUCUCUAGCUAAAGUCACACUCACUCUCUGGGAGAAACUGGACCUGCUGCCAGCAGUGGGCUCCAUUGUCGUCGCCGUCUUCUUUGCGAUCCUCACUGGCAUCCGGCGCACUGAGCGCCAAGCAGCCAGUCUGCUCUUGCAUGCGGGAUAUGCGCUUUUCCGCCAGGCAACUAAGCGCCUGAGUCCGCGUCAAAUGCAGUACAUUCUGCCCUCCUCCGACCAGAUCUAUGAGAGGUACAAGAAGAAGACGGGCCAAAAACCGCAAACCAUCCAAGUCGGUGAUGGCGGAUUGGGCCAUUGGCACGGUGAUCCCAAUGCCGACAAUGUGAUUGUCUGGUUCCACGGAGGUGGCUUCGGACUGCCCGCCCACUCGGGGUACUGGAAAUUCUAUGCGCAGCUCGUGCGCGACCUGGAAAUCUCCGGGAAAAGCGUCGCCGUGUUCGGCAUCACAUACACCCUCGCGCCAGUCGCGACAUACCCGACACAACUCCGACAAGCAGUGAACAGCGUGCGGUAUAUCUUGUCGCAACCUAACCGCGACCCCUCCUCGGUCUUCCUGGGCGGCGACUCGGCAGGCGGGAACCUCGUCGGCGGCGUUCUCUCCCACAUGGCCCAUACUCAUCCGGAGAUCAAGCCGCUACCUGUCGAGGGUCAGCUUGGCGGCGCGGUGAUGAUCGCCCCGUGGACACUGAUGGACACGGAGUUCCCUGAGAUGGAAGUCUACCAUGGCGGCGACAUCAUCACGACUGCGGUUGCGGGACCGUGGGCGACGGCCUACAUCGGUGGUAGAAAGCGAGACUACUACACGGAUCUGUCCACCGCACCGAAGGAGUGGUUCUCUAGGUUCCCCGUGAAAUCGAUUUUGAUCACCGGCGGUAGCAAUGAGAUCAUGUUGCCGAUUAUCAAGGAUUUCACGGCGAAGUUGAAGGAGGGUUAUGAGAAUGCGGAGUUGUUUAUUGGACGUCGUGAGUGCCAUGUGGCGCCGUUCUCGAAUUUGGAGCUUGGUGAUCCUACGAAGACGGAGCAGGGGAAGCGCAUUGAGGCGUAUCUGGCUGAGAAUAUGGUUUGA